AUGAGUAACAUGUCAGUCGAGUCCUCUACCACGGAUUUAAGACCUGAUGAACCACCGCAUGGACCCGAUGCAGGGCUACUCCUCAACGCAAUCGCCAAAAUUAUCUUUUACUCUCUUGUGAUGCUACUUGGGCUGUUUGGGAACAGUCUCAUUCUCGGCGUGUAUUGGCCCAAACCUAAUAAGACAAGCACCCAAAUCCUGAUCAUGGGGCUGGCUGGGAUGGACCUCACCGUUUGCCUGAUGAGAGUCUACAACCUUACCAUGUAUCUAAUGUUUAUCCAAAAUAAGGAGACCCCGUCGGUGGUUGAGUACAUCGGAGUGAUAGGCUUGGUGAAUAUGUUUGCGUCUUCUGUGUUGACCGGGUUUAUUGCAUUAGACAGGUACGAUUGCGUGUGUCGCAGACCGGCAGACCGUUUGCUGAACCGCAGCAGAGCCAAGAUGAUGAUUUUCGGUGCGUAUGCUGGGGCGAUGCUCUUUGCUAGUCCGCGUAUACUGGAGGUAAUCUGGCUGCCAGCCACACUCGCGUUGCAGAAGACUUUUUUGGUGUUUCAAAUUGUACUUUACAUCUUGGUGCUUGGCGUCAUUUGCGUUUGCUACGGGCAGGUGUAUGUAACCGUGCGGAAGCAUGUCAAAGUGAAUGUUCUGAGUGAGCGCCAUGCACACAACGAUUUGUCGACAACGAUGCGGGUACCCUCCUCGCGACACGGUGCGAUACCAACCAUUGCGGACAAGGUACAAGUCACAUUGCCCAAAAGCAGUGACGGUGGUCCACCCUCCACAUCUAGACGACCAGAGAGCAGCGAAGCGGUCGGCUUACCAGCGGGCGUAGCCAUUGAGUCCCUUCACCGAAGUGACCAGCCAAUGACUGCAACUCAGGGUAAUGUUAACUCCGCCCCAACUGGCCGUCCACGGGGGAAUGUGAACCCAAACCAACCCAAAUGUGAAGCGGUCUCACUCCAACGCAAGACCACUAGAAUGAUGUUCGGCACCAGCGUUGUACUCCUCGUGACGUGGUUCCCGUACUGGCUCUAUGUUGCCUUGAGUUUAUUCAAACUUAGCGGCGCCCCUAUCCCCAUGUACGUAACGAAGGCCGUAUACUACUGUACCGUCUCUGUGUUCAUUAAUAACAUCUUUAAUCCAAUAAUCUAUGGUCUUGCGAACAGACGAUUUCGGAAGGAUUGUCUGCAUGCAAUGAAGAAAAUUAAAUUGUGUUGA